AACCUAACCAAGCAAAUAUACUAGAGCAGUCGCAAUUAUGGGCGCAGACAAGAAGAAGAAGAAACCCGCGCCGAAGAAAGACAAGAAACAAGCGCAGACGAAGAAAUCUUCCAAACGCCAUCCUCUAGUGAGCGCGAUCUAUGCCAACCUUCUGAAAAUAUGUUACACCAUUGCGAUAUGCGAUCUUAUUCACGCGCUUUAUUUCGCAGUUCAGGCCACAAUCCUGUUGGUUAGGAGUGCUAACUUAUAUUCAAUACUUGCUGUUUUUGGCACUAUAUUUUGGGUGCUGAGCGUUAUUCUGCUUCUUGCGGGCCUAUGGAAGCGACGUCCAACUUUUGUGCGCACUUGGCUGAUCUUUUCCCUGAUUGGAUUUGUCCUGGACAUACUCUUUUUGAUCUGGGGCAUUGCAUCUUCCAUAACAGUGGACUGGGACCACAUCAAGGAGUUCACCAUUCUCUUUAUUGGCAUAGCUAUUGAAUCGACAUGCAUUUACCUGGUUUAUCGGUUUUAUAUGUGCAUGGAUCCCUGCCGAAUGGUUGAUGAGCCUGAAAAGGGCAAACCGGUAAAGAAAAAGAAGGUUAAGUUGGACAAGAAGGCAUGCGAACGUAUGAAACAGCAGGCGAAGAAAUCCGACCAAAAGAAACCCAAAGAUAAAUCCAAGAAGAAAAGCCCUGAUAAAAAGAAGAAAGGGAAAAAGUAGUUGGGUGGAAGAUUUUCAUAAUAUAUUUUUGUACUUUUGUACAAUAAAAUAUUUUUCUUAUAUUUUAAAA